AUGCUGGAAUAUACUCAAGUUGAAGAAAUUGGUUCUCUCGUAGAUAAAGCUCGACAAGUUUUUGAUAGUAAUGUAUUACUAACUGUCCAAAAUCGUUUGAAUCAAUUACGGAAUCUGUACUAUGUUUUGUUGGACCAUCAGACACAGUUUGAGGAUGCCCUCAGCAAGGACUUCAACAGGUCCCGAUUUGAGACGUCUAGAUUGGAGCUAGCACAAGUAUUUGGAGAAAUUCUUUAUGUGAUGCAGCAUCUGGAGUCAUGGAGCAAACCCCAAAAAGUCGACUACCUCCCUUUAUCUUUCGGUACUACUUAUAGCACAGUGGAAAAGAUUCCUCUUGGUGUAAUACUUAUCAUUGCACCGUUCAACUACCCGAUCGUUCUUUCUUUGUCUCCUAUCAUUGGAGCCAUUGCUGCCGGAAACACUGUUGUUUUCAAGCCGUCUGAACUUACUCCCAACUGUAGUACACUCCUAACUGAGGUGUUACAGAGUUGUUUUGAUUACCCAAUUGUAUCCGUAGUUAAUGGGGGAAUCACCGAGACCCAGAAAUUGUUGGAACCGAAGUUUGACAAGAUAAUGUUCACCGGAAGUGGACAUGUAGGAAAAAUUAUUUCUAAAGCAGCUGCUGAGCACCUUACUCCUGUUAUCUUAGAAUUGGGCGGAAAGUCUCCUUGCUUUCUGACUUCCAAUUGUAAGACUACCAAAAUUAAAGCUCUCCUGAGUCGAAUCAUUUGGUCUUCAUUUGUCAAUAGUGGACAAACCUGCGUGGCGGUAGACUAUCUAUUAGUUCACGAAAGUAUUUACAGUACCGUGGUACAAGAAUCUACUAAGAUACUAAAGGAAUUCUAUUGCAAUAUCACAGAGAAAAGUGAUUUUACUCAUCUUAUUGAUCGAAAGUCAUUCAAACGAACUAUGACCACAUUGCAAAGAACCAAGGGCAAAAAGAUCAGUUUCGGUGUUUCUCAUGAAGACACUAACUUUAUACCUCCUACAUUGAUUUGUGACGUAUCCUGGGACGAUGAGACCAUGCAAUCUGAAAAUUUUGCGCCCAUUCUUCCCAUCAUCAAAUACUCCAGUUUAGAAGAUGUUGUGAGCGAGGUGAAAACUGAGCAUGACACCCCGCUAGCAUGUUACAUCUUUUCUGAAGACCCUCAAGAACAAAGGUACAUUCUAAACAAUUUACGAUCGGGAGGAGUUUGUAUAAAUGAAACAAUGAUGCACGUUGGACUUUACACUGCACCUUUCGGGGGAAUAGGUGACUCAGGCUAUGGAAAUUACCAUGGGAAGUGGUCAUUUGAUUCUUUUAGUCACUCAAGAACCGUUCUAAAACAACCGUUGUGGGCAGAGUUCCUAAUUAAAGCUCGUUAUCCUCCUUACACAAGAAAAAAUAGAGCGACUCUGGAGCUCUUAGAUAAAGGUGUGGUUUGGUUUGACCGUUCCGGUAACGUCCCUUCAAGAAGAUCGUAUUUAACGAAAGUUAUUGGAUACUGCGGAUUGAUGGUUACAAUUGCUGCUGCAUUAAUUGGUAAACUUGUUUUUUAA